UCAAUGUCCAUUCCAAAUCUCUCCCCGGAACCAUCUCCCUCGUAGCUAUAAAUACCCGCUCCCUCCUCCCCCAUGUUCGUCGAUAAUCAGGUUAAUCGUUCAAAGCUCUCACGAACUAAGAUCUGUAUUAGCUCUCACUCGCAUUGAUCUUUGAAGAUGUCUCUGAUUCCAAGCUUCUUCAGCAACCGACGAACCAACGUGUUCGACCCAUUCUCCCUGGAUAUUUGGGACCCCUUGGACGGCCUCCUGGGCAACUGGGCGCCGGCGUCAGCACGGGAGGCCUCGCAAUUCGCCAACGCCCGGAUCGACUGGAAGGAGACGCCGGAGGCCCACGUCUUCAAGGCCGACCUGCCGGGGCUGAAGAAGGAGGAGGUGAAGGUGGAGGUUGAAGAGGGCAGGAUCCUGCAGAUAAGCGGAGAACGGAGCAAGGAGCAGGAGGAGAAGAACGACAAGUGGCACCGCGUGGAGCGCAGCAGCGGGAAGUUCCUCCGCCGUUUCCGGCUGCCGGAGAACGCCAAAACGGACCAGGUGAAGGCCAGCAUGGAGAACGGGGUGCUCACAGUGACUGUGCCCAAACAGGAGGAGAAGAAGCCCGAGGUUAAGGCCGUUGAGAUCUCUGGCUAAUUCAGACUAAUCAUUAUCAUGUCUCGUUACUUCUGAAACUGAGAAAUAAGCUCUGAUUAAUAGUGUGUUUGACGUCUUUGCUCCCAAGUGUGAUAUGUAAAAGCUAAGAAAUGAAAAUGUUGCCAGUUUGCUUGCUUUGUAAGUUAAAUCAAUAAAUAAAUACAAGUUUGGUUUGGUUUUGCCCAUUUUCUAUUUU